AUGCCAACCACCCUCACAGUCGCAGACCACGACUCCAAAAGCUCACGCAGCCGAACCUACAACGUCGACACCCCAGAAAAGCUCCUCGCACGCACCAGUGAACGAGACUCCCAGGCCUGCAAAUGGCUAGUCCGGAGUUCGGUCUCCGCCGAUGAACUCCAGAAGUCAUGCGUUGUGGGCUCGAACAACGGGUUCGUCCACGCAGCUUUCGAUGCAUACAGCUACCACCACCAUCUCACCAUCCGCCCGGAAGACGUAUGGUUCGCAAUUCUCUCACAACUCAACUUCUACAUCAACGCCAAUGCCGAAGCCCUACGUGAUCAUUUCGUCUCGCACCAAGGACAGAAAGAGCUCGAGGUCAAAGACGUGGGCAGCAUUCACUCCGUGGACAUCGGUGCCUUAGCUCGACGGAUGACAGGACUCAUACAGGAGAAUGUCAAGGACCCCGAUCUGCGCGAUUGGAUCAUGCCUGCGUUCAGCACGACCACAGUCAGCGACCGCACAACAGCUGCGGUACUCAUGAUGGGCACUAUGCAGGCGUAUUUCUCGUACAAAAUGAGUAUUAUGUGUGGUAUUCCCUCUGUCACUCUACUGGGUGAACGCGAGGACUACGAAGAUAUCCUCGCCAGGCUGGAGAAACUCGUUGAAUUGGGUCCUGAAGCGAGUACAUUCGCCGAUCUGCUUCGCCCUGUUCUGCGCAACUUCAUCGCAACUUUCGAUCCGGAGCAGGCCGUUGCCUCCCGCGACUUCUGGCAGAAGAUCGCCCAUCGCUCCGGCGGGGGCAGCGGACCGUCAUAUCUGGGAGGCUGGCUAACGGCAUUCUGCUUCUGGGACGACAAGGGGAAAUGCAUGUAUAAUCUGAAGACAGGAACGCAGAGUUGGAACGUCGAUGAAUCCGAUAAACAGCUGUUGGAAUUGGACGGAGUUUCGUAUCAUCGGGUGGACACUGAUGAUAUUCCGAGUGGCUUUGCUUCUGUGCCUGUGUUGGUGAACGACAAUGGUACAGAGUACAAGACGAAGAUGGUCGCUGGAUCGCUGGGUAUCGAGAUUACUAGCAGCAAUGACUCCGGUGCUGGGGCAGAGGAGAAGAAGCUGGAUUCGCUGCAGUCGCUCAGUGGGUGGAUGAUGUAUGAGAUCGAUCCUGCUCCCAAGAAGAACCCCUGGGAACAUGACUCGGAAGGGAAUGAUUCUGAAUAA